AUGCGCCUAAUUCCCCAUUUACGUCAAUACUCCAAAUCCUAUGGCCAGCUAUUGGAUCAAGUUCGUGAAAAUUGCCCCAGUUUCCUGCAGGAUCUUUUGCCCAGCAAAAAGAAAUUCAUUUAUAAUUUGGGUGCUGCCUUUGAGGUCCAUGAUUUGCAACCCUAUCAUGUGGACGAGUUACCCCAUCAGCAUUUCCAUGAUGUGGCCCAUUUAUCGGAUGUGAAACAUUUAAAACACACCGUUAAAGAAAUUCUCAUUCCACGUAUUGUGGGCACGCCGGGACAUGAAAAAGUGCGCAAAUAUAUUGUCAAAUCUCUGAAAGAUUUACAGUGGUCGGUGAAGUUACAUAGCUUCCAUGACACAGUACCCAUAUUUGGCCACUUACAUUUCCAUAACAUUGUGGCCACUUUGAAUCCAAAUGCGGAGCGUUAUUUGGUUCUGGCAUGCCACUAUGAUAGUAAAUAUAUGCCGGAGGCGGAAUUUUUAGGUGCCACAGAUUCUGCAGUACCCUGUGCCAUGAUGUUAAAUCUGGCCAAAGUUUUGGAGAAACAAUUGCAGCCAUUCCGUGAUUCCGAACUUAGUUUAAUGUUCAUAUUCUUCGACGGAGAGGAGGCUUUCAAGCAAUGGAGUCCGAAGGAUUCCAUAUAUGGUGCCCGCCACUUGGCCAAAAAAUGGGAAAAAGAAGGAUUCCUACCCAAAUUGGAUUUAUUGGUGCUACUCGAUUUGCUGGGCAUGCCAGAUCCGAAAUUUUAUAGUUUCUUUAGCAAUACCGAAUCAUGGUAUAGCCGUUUGCUAAGCAUUGAAGAUCGUUUGGCGGACAGCGGCUUAAUGGAACGUUAUGUUAGCAGUGGCGUAUCACGGCCCCACGAUCCCAAUCGUUAUUUCCAACCCAAUGCCUUGAGAUCAUCGUUUAUCGAGGAUGAUCACAUACCGUUUUUGAGGCGAAAUGUUCCGAUUUUACACAUUAUCCCAGUACCAUUUCCCACCGUAUGGCACACACCAGAUGAUAAUGAGACCGUGAUAGAUUAUACCACCACCGAGAAUUUGGCAAGGAUAAUACGAUUAUUCACGGUGGAAUAUUUAAUGGGUGGCGUGCAACAAAUCGAUCAGGAGUGGAUUAAGUGA